GCGGUCUCCGCGCUCGUCCACGUGGCUGUGUGAACACCUGACCGCCACCGGGGACUGAACCGAUCCGGCACCGGAAACCGGACCAAACCUCGGUCUCGUCUCCCCGUGUGCAGGAGGAUGGACGUGGAAGUGUCGGUGGACGUGGACGUGGCCGCGGGUCAGACCGUGGACAGAGGCCCGGUGCUGGACCACAGGCGGAGGACGCGGCUGUACUGCAUGAAUGGCGGACAUCACCUCCAGAUCCUGCCCGACGGGACGGUGCAGGGCCAGAGGGACGGCGAGGACGUCCACGCUGUUCUGCAGCUCAAAGCGGUGGACCGUGGUGUUGUGGUCAUCAGAGGAACAGAAACGGGCCGAUAUCUGGCCAUGAACAACGAGGGCCGUCUCUACAGUUCACCCACUGUAAAUGAUGAGUGCUACUUCCUGGAGAAACUGGAGGAGAACCACUACAACACCUACCAGCCCCAGAAAUACAAGGAGAUGAACUGGUACGUGGGUCUGAAAAAGAACGGGAAACCCAAACUGGGCCCCAGAACCCACAUCGGACAGAAGGCCAUCUUCUUCCUCCCCCGACAACUGGAGCGUUCUGGAGACUGACGCCUCAACCAACAUGAAUGUAUGUAAUGGAUCUGAUCUGGUUCAUCACAUAUGAUCCUAAAACAGAAUGUGGAAAUGAUGAGGUGGAGGC